AUGACAUCAAGACUUUUAACUGAAGGAAUAAAAUCACGAGUUCGUCGUCCGAGUUUGUUUUCAAAAUUAACAACCAUAGAAGAUGUUAUUGAUAGUGGAUUUUUUAAGGAUGGAAUGAGAAUGGGAUGGUCUGGAUUCACAGGAGUAGGUUAUCCAAAAGUUACACCAAUAGCACUUGCAGAACAUGUAGAAAAAAAUAACCUUCAAGGAAAAUUAAAGUUUGACUUAUUCGUUGGUGCCAGUACUGCUGCUGAAGCUGAGGACAGAUGGGCAAAGAAUGGAAUGAUAGCACGUCGUUAUCCAUAUCAGCUUGGUAAAUUACUUCGUAAAGAAAUUAAUAAAAAUACUAUCAAAUUCGCGGAUAAACAUCUUUCAGAAUUUCCUUUGGAUUUAAUAUCUGGUUAUUAUACACUUGAGAAGAAGGGUAAUGUUAUGGAAAAACUAGAUGUGGCGAUAGUUGAAGCAACUGCAAUUACAGAAAAAGGACAUAUCAUUCCCGGCGCUUCAGUUGGUGCCACCCCUGAAAUCGUACAAUCUGCUGCUAAUAUCAUCAUCGAAGUUAAUACUGAAUUACCAAAUUUUGAAGGAUUACAUGAUAUUACUUCAAGCUCAUUUGCUCCCUAUAAAUUUCCAAAUUUAAUUCAAAGAGUUGAUGACAGAACUUUUAUUCCAUGUGACGCUGAUAAAGUUAUUGCGGUCAUUGAAACGAAAUUACCUGAUCAUACAUCUGAUAGUGAACCUCAGGAUGAUACAUCUCGUCAUAUUGCCAAUCAUAUCCUUGAUUUGUUUGAACAUGAAGUAUCAAUGGCUCGAAUGCCACCACAACUUCUUCCUCUUCAAUCUGGUGUCGGAAAUAUCGCUAAUGCAAUCAUUGGCGGUCUUGCUGAUGGGCCUUUCUCUGAUGUUGAAGUAUGGACUGAAGUUAUUCAAGAUACGUUUCUUGAUUUUUGGGAACAUCACAAAUUAUCUUUCGCUUCAGCCACAAGUGUAGCAUUUUCACCAGCUGGAUUUAAAAGAUUUUAUGAAAUGUGGGGAGAAUUAAAAGAUCGUUUAGUUCUUAGAAGUCAAAGUGUUAGUAAUUCACCUGAAAUAAUUAGAAGAUUGGGUGUUAUUGCCAUGAAUACUCCAGUAGAGUUUGACAUAUAUGGACACGCAAACUCAACUCAUGUGAACGGGACAAAAAUGUUAAAUGGUCUUGGUGGUUCGAAUGACUUUUUAAGAAAUGCAAAGCUCAGUAUUGUACAUACACCAUCUACAAGACCCACAAAAAAGGAUCCUAUAGGCAUCUCUUGUAUAGUGCCAAUGUGUUCGCAUGUCGAUCAAACUGAACAUGAUCUUGAUAUUCUUGUAACUGAACAAGGUCUAGCUGAUGUUCGUGGCUUAGCUCCGAUCGAGCGUGCACGUGUAAUCAUUGAUAAAUGCGCACAUCCCAAAUAUAAACCAAUUUUGAAUGAUUAUUUAAAUUUAGCAGAAACAAGAUGUAUGAAGAUAGGAGCUGCUCAUGAACCACAUUUAUUGGAUAAAGUGUUUAAAAUGCAUUUAAAUGCUCUUAGUGAAGAUAAUACUAUGAGAAUUGAUAGUUGGUAA